AUGGACCUGGAAAGGGAGACCCGCCGAGCCAAAGAGAAGGUGGAGGAAUCGAUCCACGAUUUCAGCGGCAAGAUCUGCGCCUUUGAGGAGGUGAUCAAGGAUAAAGAGCAGGCGGUUCACUUUGGAGCACGGUGCCUCUCUUGCAAUCGCACGUUUGACGACGUGGUCAGAACGUCAGGAAACGUAAACCUCCCUGCGGAGAAGCGCCGGGCGCAGGUCUUCGCUGAAAUCCAGCGUGCGCUACACACGCCGAGGGCUGAUCCGGAGAGUAUCAAGCUGCUGGCCGUGAAGGUAGGCCGGCCAUCUGCGGUGACUGCGAAGCAAAGCAUCUACGCCAGCCGCGAUGGUGACUCACUGGCCAGCGGCAUUGAGGCCCUCAAAAACCUCUACGUCGAAUGCUCGGCCGCGAAGCCGCCCCCUGAGUAUGUGCAGCGUUUGCGAGACCAGCUCCUGCUGGACGCACCGCCGUGGCGAAACGCCCUCGCCCUGGCUUCUUGGCAGCACCCCGGGGUCAACCGAAGCAAGAGUCCCCUGGUCUUGGACCGGCCGGAAACAUCGGACCCACUCGAAGGUACGGCGAGGUUAAUGCUCAUGAUCACUCUCCUGAGGCGUGAAGGCGUUGAGCAGGGCCAUUCCGCCAUUCAGGGCUGCCUUGCCCACGGUCCCCGUGGGUAUGUGGUACCCUUGCCACCAGGGUUGCUGGCCGGGUCACGCGUGGACCCAUCAUGUGUGAGCCCGCUCAUGGGCGCGCAGGUGAGCAUGCUGGCAGCCUGUCCACCCUUGCAAGCAGACUGCAGGCCCCGGCCGCUGCGUUUUGAGGCCCAGGACUUUGUGCCCGCAUCUCGCCUGCCCGUGGCUUACGCAACCCACUCGGGCUACCCUGGCACCCCAAUGUUUCUCUGGCCCGAUCCUUGCCAGAGAGCCACAGUGCAGCCACAGCCGGUUGAAGAAACCGUGGAAACCAGGGGAGCCAAAUGCACUGCCAGUGCUUUGGAGGGUUCGGAGCCAGAGCCGCCACUGGAAGUGCAAGAUGAUGUCCAGAGCGACGUGUUGCAGAAGCCCCAGCCCAAGAAGCCGAUGAAGAAGCUCCUGAAUGCGCGCCUUCGUCCGAAAGGUGGGUGCAUGAAGGAAAUCUUGGAGCCAGAGGUCUCUGAUUUGCCAGCACAGGAGUGGGGUUCGAAGGCCCUGGAUGCCAUCAGGGCAUCUGAACCAGGAAAGCUUCACCAAAAGCACUGCUUGACGGACAGUGAUCAGCAUGAUCAGGAGCCCUUCUUGGAUUCGGACUUUGCAUCGUUGGGGGAUGGCUCCGUUCCUUUGGCAGCUCCCUCGCCGAAGAGAUCAAUGGCUCCUCUUCGAGAGUAUCUCCGGCUGUGCACUGGACAGACCGGACAGGACCCCGCCAAACUCGUGUCAGAGGAUCAAGCGUGUGCAGCUGCUGCACAGAAGCCUGGAUGGCAGCUCCUGACCCGAGCGGCUGGCCCCGGUUCGGAUGCUGUGGCGCUGCGGCAGGUUGAUCCAAAUGGUCCCUCGCCGGUCCAUUCCGCAGGCCAACCAGCGGACCUGAAUAGCCUCGGCCGGUCAAGCGAAUUAGACAAGACAUGUUUGCAUGAAGAGUAUGAAGAUGUUGCUGACGGUUUGAUCACCACCGUCCCGAGCGAGGAAAAUGCUGAAGAGACAUGGCCAGCAGGAGACGAAAGCUCUCUGCUACCAGGGUACAUGCAGUGUGACUUGCCCGACGAUGACACAGAGUCUGAUCCAUGGGCUUUUCCCUGGGCUGACAAUGCAAGCGAGGCAACGCCGGAUGCUGAAGAGCCACGGCGCCGUGACACCCCAACUGCUUCUAGCCAAGAUGCGGAGUCAGAAGUCUUGCCCUUCGAGCCAGAGCCUGGCACCACCUACGAUCGAGGCUGGAUCAAGUACCGAGAUCCCAGCAGUGGAGAGAUUUGGUUCCACAAUCAGCACACGGAAGAGUUCUUCUUUGCGCAGUACUCCCGGGAGGAGGGCUGGUUGCCGUUUCAGAGCAGUGAGGGUCGAAAGUGGUGGUGGCAUGACAAGAACCGGCGAUUUUUCUUUGAGGACUUGAAGAACACAUUGUUCAUGUUCGUUCCUUUGCGCUCUACGUGCCCGAGCCGUGAGGCCAAGGCUCGUCUCAUGCAGGCUUGCGGGGGCUCGUGCCAAUGUGCCUGUGCUGCCCAACGCUACCAGGGCGCGUCAGCACAGUGCUUGAGUAUCAUUCGUGAGUACAAGUCUGCCAAACGCGUAGAACGCGCAGACAUUCCCAAGGCAGAGAAGGGCAGAAGCAUCGGCAUCACCCAGGCUUUGCGAGAUCUGCACUACCCGGAGACUCGCUGCCUCGCAGCUGGCCAUGUGGAUGUGGCGCCGGCGAAAGAUACAGGGAAGCGCGCCCUCCUGGCCCAGGCUUUGAGCGCUGCUGCCGCGCAGGAGAUGACAGCCUUGUGUCGCGCAUGGCAGCUCAAUGUGGAGCCGGUAGAAGGGGAGGAGCGGCGACUGGAGGAGGGGGUCGCGCGAGCCUUGAAGCACAUCUGCCGGCGAGCAGAGAGGAGCUGUGUUCUCAAGUCGCUGCGGCAGCCCACUGCCAGAGCUUCGGAGAUCGCAGGGGUCCUCUCCGAUGAGGAGCUUGCUCUGGAAGCUCACUGUUCGCAGCUGGAGUCGGAACUGGCAGCCUCAAGCGAACGCCUCACUGUCUUGGACACCGUCGAAGCCAAGGUUGACAUGCUGGUGUCUGAAUGGCAGCCCGACUCGCAGAAGGAACUGCUGCACAACCUGUCAGAGGUGGCGAGCACCUCUUUGAUGCAAGAAAGUUGUCCUGAGCUAGGCGAAGGCUUUGAGCAGUGCCUGCAGCGCCUUGGGCUGGUGAGCUCUUGGCUGAACCGGACCCUGUGCCAGUUGGAGGAAGCUCGCCGGGAGCUGACUGAGAAAGAGAAAGCAGCCGCAUCAUGUGCAUUCUUGCAUCUACCGGGCGAAGCUCCAAAUGCGCAGAGUGCCUUGGCACGUUUGCCUUGA